AUGGCCAAAAAAGACGCGCCAUCGGCGCCUAUCCCAAUCGGUGCGGGACCCGGAAAACGUGGCGAACGCAACAAUUCCGACGCCAAUCCCGAUGAUAUGUCGAUUUUAUCGUAUCCAGUAAGAAUUUUAGCUGAAAAACAGCUGUUUUUCUCUCCGCCUCUUGAAAAAAUCCCAUUUUUUCAGUAUACAUUCGACGAGCGGUUUUCUCUGGAACCCAGAUCGGUAAGUAUAGAUUUUUUUUUGUUUUUUUCUCAAAUUUUAUCAAAAAAAAAAAUAAAGUGAAAGUUGUUUUGUGUUGUUAUCAGCCCAAAAAACCUUGUUUUCUCUCCAAUUUCAAUUUCAAAAUAUUUCUAUUCGCCAAAUUUUUCUUGGCUUUUUCAUGAAAAAAAACAGCUGAUAAGUUAGACUAAGUUAUCUCUUUUUCGUUGAAAAAAAAUAGUAUAGAAAAUCUGAGAGAAAUUAUUACAAUCAUCGAUUUUUUCGACUAAAACAAUAUUUGAUCUCUGCGUCUCUCAAAUUCCUCGUGCUCUCUCGCUUUUUGCGCAGUUUUUUGAUUUUCAACAUAGAAAAAUCAUUUUUCACUGAAAAUGCUCCAAUUUUUCUCCCUAAAAAUGAGAAAAGUGAGUUUUCCUCGAAAAACGGCGAUUUUUGUGUAGUUCUCUCGGAAAACUUAGGUUUUCCACAAGAACUACACACAAAAGUUCAAAUACGCUCUAUUGAUAAUCCUGAGUUUUCCAAGAGAACUAUACAAAAAAAAAAGAAAAUGCGCCCCAUUGAGAAUUGUUCGGUUUUCCAAGAGAACUACACAAACAAUUUUCAUUGGAGCGCAUUUGCUUUCUCGUGUAGUUCUCUUGGAAAACCUGGGUUCUCCAAGAGAACUACAAAAGAAGGAGCUCUUUAUGGCCUAGAAAACCAACUAGACAAUUUUCUAGGCCAGCAGAAGCUCUUCGUUUUGUAGUUCUCUUUGAAAGCCCGAGUUCUCCAAUAGAAAUACACAACAAAGAGCUUUUGAUGGCCUAGGAAACCAACUAGAUAAUUUUCGUGGCCUAGAAACCCAAACCAACCCCAAUUCCCCGUGUAGUUCUCUCGGAAAACGCGAAUUUCUUGCAGUCGCCGAACACCACACGUCACUCCUACGCCUUUGGCAAUUCGCCAAUCAUGGAAACCUCCACAACAUCAAUCCACACCGCCCAAAAUCAUCAUCAGAAUCUGAACCAGAAUCAGACAUCUCAAAUUCUGAAUACACCAGACAACACCAAUAGCUCCACCCAAAACAACAUCAGCAGCAGCAGCAGCCACAACAACAACAAGAAGCUGAUGAAACUCGAUUUGGAUUUGCUGGUGAUCGGCGAACAUGUGAUUCGAGUUACUAGCGAUGAUGUUUGCCACGUGGAAGGCGGAUCGAUUAUGUUGACCAAUUAUAGGGUGAGUUUGUUGAGAAAUGGGAGAUUUUGAGCCAAAUUUUGAGAUUGAUGAGGAAAAAUGACGAAAUUUGAUAUAGAAAAUGUGAAUAUUCAUGAAAAAUCGAUUUUUCAAUGAUUUUAAGCAAACAUAAAGAAAUUUGAUAUAAAACGUGUAAAAAUUGAAGAAAUGACGUGUUUUUUGAAAAAAAGAGUUUUUUUCUCAUUUUUAGAUUUUCAAAAUGGUAAAAAUGUGAGAUUUUUUGAUUGGAAAAACGAGAAAAUUCGGAAUUUCCGACCAAAAAUUAUUAAAAAUAUGAAUUUUUGACCAAAAACCAUGAAUAAGGUGAUUUUUCGGCUCGCCGAGCAAUUUUUCAUUGAAAAUACGAUAUUUUCACACCUGACGAGACGUGUCCAAAAUGGACACUGUACAUUUUUUUCAAAGGUCACACUGCAUUUUUUUUCGAAAAAAAACUUUGUUUCCUUUUCAUCAACAUUUAACUUGGGGAAAUAAAUGCACAUUUAGUUCAGUGGUAGGCCAUUUUGCUAGUGUUCAGAAGGCCCAGGUUCGAAUCUUCAUUCGAGCUAACUUUUUUUAUUUUUUCCCAACUUCAAAAACAACUUCAGCUUGCGAAUUUUUCGAAGUUUCUCGGUGAAAAUCAACUCAGCAGACUUUGUUUUAGUGUUGUAACAUAAUGUGCAGUGUGGAAUUUACGUGACUGCUUAGCAAACCAUAGUGUCACUGAAAUUUCAAAAAAAUUGACUUUCUAUGAAAAAACUUCAAAUUCCACACUGCACAUGGGUAAAUUCAAAAACUACGCUUAAAAAUACACCAACUUUUUGAAUAUACCAACCCUUGAUAUGUGCUCGGAAAAAAAUGCCGUCCGAUUCUUUGUAAUGUCCAUAUUUACCAUUGAAAUGGACACUCCAAAAUAACAGCGAAAUAGGGCAUUUCCACACUGCACUCAUGGUUUUCCACACUGUCUAUGACCUUAGCAAUCUAUUGGAAAAAAAUCAACUAUAUCCGUUAAGCCUAAGCUUAGUUAUCCUAACUUCAAAUUUUGAACAACGUUGCAACGCAUUCGUUUGAAAACAGUUUCCUUUCCACCAACAUUUUCCCCUCAGGUGAAAAGAGAGAUGUAGCCGAGAGGUUAGCAUUUUAGACUGGCGAGCAUGAUACCAGGGUUCGAAUCCUCCUGCCCGCGGACUUUUUUUUUUCGAAAAACGUGAAAAUUUCACGCUGCACAUUUUUUUUUGAAAAAAAUUUUCACACUGCACAAAAAAUUUGGGACACUCUCUCGUCAGGUGUGGAUAUUUUCGACCAAAAAAUGAAUAAAAACCAAGAAAAUCGUGAUUUUUUGACUCUCCGAUCAAAUUUUGGAUUUCUAGGCCAUUUUUUGGUUUUCUAGGCCAGAAAUUGAGCGAACCAUGGCCUAGAAAUCCAAAAACGUGGCCUAGAAAUUCAAUUUUUGCAAAAUUGGGUUGUCCAAGAGAACUACACAAAAAUCCAUCAGAAGCAAAUGCGCUCCAAUGAGAACUUCACGAAAAUUCUCAUUGGAGCGCAUUUUCUUUUUCGUGUAGUUCUCUCGGACAAUUCAGGAUUAUCAAUAGAGCGUAUUUGAACAUUCUAUGGCCCAAAAUCUGUGAAAAUUAUGAUUUUUCCAGAUUCUGUUCCUUUCGGAUACUUCUCCUCAAACUCUACUGAUCUACACAUUAAUGGAACUCGAAAUAAUCGAUUUACGCGAACAAAACCAAGUUAUGAUAACUAUGAAAGGCGGUCGUAUUCAACAAUUCCUAUUUUCGACGUCAGCCGAUUCGAACACGUGGCAUCGAAUUCUGACCGAUAUCGUAAAAGUGCUAAAUUCGUCGCAAAACGUCGUGAAAACUGGAGGAAUCAUCAAAAAACAUCAUCAUUCCAACGUCGAUUUUGUUGAUGAGAUUCGCAUCGAUUGUUUUGCGUGGGCAUUUUGUGCUGCUGUUCAGAAAUUCGAGGAUUUGAGAUGGUUGAAAUCGGAAGGAUCUUAUACACCCGAAAUUGUUGGAGUCGAUUUUAGGCGAUUGAAUAUGCAUGAGCAUUUUAAGAUUACGGCGAUUAAUGAGGAUUUUAAGUGGGUUUUUUUUUUUAAAUUUGCAAUUUCUGAGAAAAAAUUGUGUUUAAACGAUGCUCCGCACAGGGGUUUUAUUACUACCGAGAAUUAAUCACGUACAAAACAUUUUAUGUGACGACAAAAAACCUCCGCAAACAGCGCGCUACGUGGCCGACAAAAAAAAACAAUAACGUGUGGCCGGCCUCGCGAGAUGUCCGUCGCUGCAAACACACAUAUAGCCCGACUUUUUUCUUUUUAUUUGUGUCUUUUGAGCCAAAGGGUUUUCAAUUUUCUUUUUGAAAAUAUGAAAAUAUAAGCUCCGCCCACAUAUCUGUGCGGAAAAAGAUGGGCGGAGCCAAAUUGCUCGAUUACAAUUUUACAUUGACUCGGUAGUGAAAAAACCCCUGUGGCUCCGCAAUUACAGCGGUGUAAAAAUAUUCAAAAUUCAUCAUUUUUCACAUUUCUAGGAUCAAAAUUCAUCAAAAACCCAAAAAUUUGCAAUUUUUGACCCAGAAUUAGCCUAGAAUCGAUUUUUAAUGUGAAAUUGUGUUUGAACAAUGCUCCACAGUUACGCCUUCAGUUUUUUCCACUAAAAAUUGUGAAAAUCGAUAUUUUACAUCAAAAAUUCAUGUAAAUUUCAAUUUUCAACGAAAAUCUUGUGAAAGUCUGGUUUUUUAUACCCAGAACCUGUAAAUUUUCCAUUUUUUUUCAGUUUUCAGUUCAAAAUUUGGAAUUUUUAUGAAUUUUAAGCCUAGAAAUGUGAAAAAUGAUGAAUUUUGAGGAUUUUUCAGCAUAGUGUAAUUCCGGAGCAUCGUUUGAAAAAGUUUUUGAUUCGAAAUUGAUUCUAGGCUAAUUUUAGGGCAUUUUUCAUGAAUUUCAGCUCAAAAUGAUCUGAAAAUCCAAAUUUUUUCAGAGUUUGUCCAAGUUAUCCACGAAAAGUGAUAAUUCCAAAAGGAAUGGACGAAGAUGAGCUGAAAAAAGCGGCCCAACAUCGAAGUUCGAAUCGAUUUCCGGCUGUGAUUUGGAGGUGUCGAAAUACGGUAGGUUGGGGCUUUUUUUAGCGAAAGAUCAUUAAAAUUGUUCAAUUUUCACCCAGAAAACUCGAUUUUUCACCGAAAAUUCGAAAAAAAAAUCCCAUUUUCAUUCCAGAAUGCCACACUUUUACGAAGUUCUCAACCGCGAAUCGGAAUUUCUGGAUUUGGUCGAAGUUUGGAAGACGAGAAGCUGUUCGAAGAGGUUGUCAGAUGCUCGCAAAAAGAGGGACAAGAGCCGAAGACUUUUGUGAUUUUGGAUUGUCGAACAUAUACGGCAGCAAUGGCGAAUCGAUUUAAAGGAGGAGGAUCUGAAUAUGCGGGUUUGUCAAGGGGAAAAAUCGAUAAUUUUGAGCUGAAAUUCAUGAAAAAUGACCUAAAAUUAGCCUGGAAUUGAUUUCUGGUUCAAACGAUGCUCCGGAAUUACACCAGGUGUAAAAAUCCUCAAAAUGCAUCAUUUCCCACUAUUUUUGAUUUGAAAUUGAUGAAAAAUGACCUAAAAUUAGCCUAGAAUCAAUUUUUAAUUCAAACGAUGCUCCGGAAUUACACCAUACUUAAAAAUCCCCCAAAUCCCUCUAAUUUUUCCAGAAUACUAUCAACGUGCUCAAAUCGAUUUCCUCGGGCUCCCAAAUAUUCACGCAGUUUCAAGCUCAUUCAAUGCGAUGCGAAAUUUGUUGAAUGGAAACACGAAUCAGGACCAAUUGCUUACUGUAGGCGCUUUUUUGGGCGGGAAAAAUUGAAUCUUUUGGGAUUUUUGGGACUCUGAAAUUACCAGAAAUUCAAAAAAAGCAUUUUUUGUAAUUUUAGGUGACGUGAAAUUACGAGAAAUGCAUAUUUUGCUUAAAAUUGAAUUUCUGGUAAUUUUAGGUGACGUGAAAUUACGAGAAAUUCAAAAAUUACCUUAAAAAUGUCCUAAACCCUAUAUUUUCCUUACAGUCCCUCCAAAACACUGGCUGGUUCCAAAAUAUCAGCAAUCUCCUCUACUCAGCAUCACGAUGUGCCGAAUAUUUAUCAAAAGGACACUGUGUUCUCGUGCAUUGCUCAGAUGGUUGGGAUCGAACUGCACAAGUGACAUCGUUGGCAAAAUUGAUGUUGGAUGAAUAUUAUCGAACUGUUAAUGUGGGUUUUUGGGGGGAUUUGGAGCAUUUUGAGCCCAAAUUUUAUAUGAAAACCAGGAUUUUUAGGUUUUUCAUGAAAUUUGGAGCAUUUUGAGCUCAAAUUUGAUAUGAAAAUCUGAAAAUUUGAAUUCUCAUGAAAUUUAGAGCAUUUUGAGCCCGAAUUUGACCUGGAAACCAGAUAAUUUGCUCAAAAACCUGGAUUUUCAGCUUUUUCAUGAAUUUUUAAAUUUUCAGAUACAAAUUUCAGCCUGAAUUUGAUUUUUCAACCCGAAAUUCUUCUAUUUUUACAGGGUUUCGAAGAGUUGAUUCGAAGAGAAUGGCUUGAUUUUGGACACAAAUUUUAUGAUCGACAACAGUAUGGUAAGUGUUUUUUUAGGGGGAAUUUGGAAAAUUUCUGAAAUUCUGGAAUUUUUUUCAAGUGAAAAUCUGAAAAUUCAGGUUUUCUAAUCAAAUUUGGGCUCAAAAUGCUCCAAAUUUUAUGAAUAUUCAAUUUUUCACCUAAAAAUUUCGAGAAAAUCUGACAAGGGAACCUUUUUUACUCAACACUUCAAAUCAUGAUGAAAUUUUGUCCAUAGACAGCUUUUGGGACCAUAAGAACACCCUAAAAAUUUUAGUCUCCCAAUGGACCUCUGAGCCAAGUUCUGGGCUCUCAAAAGUUCAAAAAGGCCUAAAAAUGGUCAUAAAAGUCAUCAUAGCUCUAUUUCAAAAUUUUUUUUGGGAGAAAUGAAGUUUCAGAUAUUGAUCAGCAUAGUCGAUUACCUAAAAGUACAUCAAUAAAAAACUUUAUUUCGAAAAAUUUUGAAGUUUUUUAUUUUUGGGCUGAAAAUUCAUGAAAAUUCAUAUGUGCCCCUGCUCAUUCUUUUUUUCAAAAUCAAAAAUUUUUCUGAAAAUUUGAUUUAUUGAUGCUUUUUGGGUAAAUCGACCACGCUGAUCAUCAUCUGCUACUCAGUUUUUCAUAAAAAUUAUCGAAAAUUGAGUUAUGACGUGUUUUAUGAGCCAAUUUUGGCAAUUUUCGAACUUUUGAGAGCCCAGAACUUGGCUCAGAGGUCCAUUGGGAGACUAAAAUUUUUAGGGUGUUCUUAUGACCCCAAAAGCUAUCUAUGGACAAAAUUUCAUCAUGAUUUGAAGUGUUGAGUAAAAAAGGUUUCCUUGUGAAAUUUCAAGUCUUCGAGCACAAAAAUCGAUAAUUUCUAUCCAAACUCCAAAAAAAUGCCAAGUUUGGGCUCAAAGUAUUCAGAAUUUUAUGAAAAAUCUAAAAUUUCACGCAAAAAUCUGAAAAUUCAUGUUUUCUAGUCAAAUUUGAGCUGAAAACAUUCAGAAAUUCAAGAAAAAUCUGAAAAUCAAGAAUUUCCAGCAAAUCCCAGUAGUUUGGGCUCAAAAUAUUCAGAAUUCUCUAGAUAUACUUGAAUUCUAAUUUUUCUAGUCAAAUUCGAGCUCAAAAUGCUCCAAAUUUUAUGAAAAUUCAAUUUUUCAGACAAAAAUUUCGAAAAAAAUCUGAAAUUUCAAGUCUUCGAGCACUAAAAUCGAUAAUUUUUAUCCAAACUCCAAAAAAAGCCAAGUUUGGGCUCAAAAUAUUCAGAAAUUCAAGAAAAAUCUGAAAAUGAAGAAUUUUCAGCAAAUCCCUGUAGUUUGGGCUCAAAAUAUUCAGAAUUCUCUAGAAAAUCUGAAAUUCUAAGUUUUCUAGUCAAGUUUGAGCUCAAAAUGCUCCAAAAUUUUACAGCGCUCUCAAAUUGGGAUUCCGUCGAACGUUCUCCAAUCUUCCUUCAAUUCCUCGAAACAGUUCGACAUUUACAACGAGAACAACCAUGUGCCUUUGAAUUCACCCACGCUUAUCUCAUCAAAUUGGCUCAACACGCCUAUUCUGGCCUUUUUGGCACUUUCUUAUUCAAUUGUCAACGCGAAAAAGAAGAAGCGCUGAAGGAGCGGAAAAAAGAGAAAUUGGUCGAAAUUUGGAGGUUUUUGGGAACUCAUAAUGCCGAAUUUGUUAACCAAACAUUUGAUAAUGAAUAUAAGGGACCACUCAAGACUAUGAAUUUUGGAGUUUUGCAUUUGAGAGCAUGGCAUGAGGUUUUUACCGAUGAGGAGGAGAAAUUCACCGUAAGUUGGGAUUUUUCGCGGGUUUUUCGGUGAAAAUUGUGGAUUUCCCAAAAUUUUGAUGAAAAAUCGAUUGUUCAAUAGAGCACAAUUGUACAAUUUUUUCAAGAAUUGGUUUUUUCUGUGAAACUUUUGAUUCAAAAACAGUUUCCAGCCAGAAAUCCUGAAUUUUUCAUGAAAAUUGUCGAUUUCCCAACCAAAUUUGAAAAUUUUGAUGAAAAACCGGGUUUUUCAUCAAAAAAAAAGGUUCAAAAUUUGAAAAUCUACACUAAAAAUCAAUAGUUCAAUAGAGCACACUUGUACAAUUUUGUCAAAAAUCGGGUUUUUCACCAGAAAGUAGGUUAGAGGUCGAAAUCCUGAAUUUUUCAUGAAAAUUGUGGAUUUCCCAGCCAAAUUUGAAAAUUUUGAUGAAAAAUCGAUAGUUCGAUAGAGCGCACUUGUGAAAAUCAUAUUUUUGACCAAAAAAAUUCGAAAUUCAAAUUGACCCACUAAAAAUCGAUAAUCAAAUGCGCUCUAGCGAACUCGAGAAAAUUCACAGAAAAAUUCAAAAUUUAAAUAUCUGUUAAAAAAUUGAUAGUUCAAUAGAGCGCAGUUGCACGAAAUUGAGAAAAAUUGAAUUUUCGACUGUAAAAUUUGAAAUUUUUGGUUGAAAAUCAAUAGUUCGAUAGAGUUUGAUCAUAUCAAUGCAAAUUUCUAGAAAAAAACCAAUUUUUCUGAAAAUGUUCAAAUUUUUCCACUACAAACCAUUAGUUCGGUAAAGCGCGUUUGCUUCUAAAAUUCAAAAUUUCAGAAAAAUUCAAAUUUUUCUACUGAAAAUAAAAAAAUCAAGUUCGAUAGAGCGCACUUGAUUCCCCUCUUCCCCCAAAAAUUCCCAUAUUUCUAGAAUCUCUACAAACCGAACACAAUUCAAUGCGCGCUAACACCAAGCGGAAGUACACCACCAAAAGAAAUCUGCGAACGGCCGGCUUCCGGAUGCGGAAACACAAUAACCAUGUCACAAUCAACAACAACUUUAAUCAAAUCGAAAUCGUCCGAAUCGAUAAGUUCAAUCAAUAUCGAUCCAAAUCAAUCAUCCCACAAUAAUCAUAUAGUAUCAUCACCACCAAAUUCAUGUGCUGAUCCAUUAGCUCCGCCCCCUUCUUCAGCUUCUUCCUCAUUAUGCCAUAAUAAUAGUUUUGUCGCCGAUGCUUCGAUUAUUAUGCAUCAAAGUCAGACGACACAUCAUUGGCAAUCGAGAAGAUCAGUGACUGAUGUUCAGGAUUUGAUGGAUUUCGAUGGAAUGCUCAAAUAUUAUGAUGAGGAACAAGAGGUUCAACGGAGGAUUAAAAUGAAACAUUGGGUGAGUUUUGGGUGCAAAAAAACGUGUUUUUUUAAUGAAAAACUAGACCAGGAUGGUUUUUUAUCAUAAAAAAUCGUUGCAAACGCGAAAUUUUGGUUUUUAGUACGAUUUUACCUUGAAAAUCGUCCUCUCUUCGAAAAUAUGGACUAGGAAACCAAGACGUUUUCGUUUCCUAGGACGUUUUGGUUUCCUAGGCCGCGAAGGUUUUUUCUUACGAUUUUUACCAUAAAAAAUCGUUGCAAAUACAAAAUUUUGGUUUUUCGUACGAUUUUACCUUGAAAAAUCGUGUUUUUCAAGAAAAUGUGACCUAGGAAACCAAUAAUUUUGGUUUUCUAGGUCAUCAGGGUUUUUUCCACGAUUUUUACCAUAAAAAAUCGUUGCAUACACGAAGUUUUGGUUUUCGGACGAUUUUUACCCGAAAAAUCGUGUUUUUCAAGAAAAUGUGACCUAGGAAACCAAACAUCCAAACAAAACCAAACAUUUUGGUUUUCUAGGCCACGCAGGGUUUUUCCACGAUUUUCACAAUAAAAUAUCGAUUAUUACACAGAAAUCUGGUUUUCGGACGAUUUUUACCAUUAAAAAAUCGUCCCGCGAAGGUUUUUUGAACGCUUUUCACCUGAAAAAUCGGAAUUUUCUGAAAAUGUAGAAAUUCUGGUCUAGAAAACUUUUAAAAAACAAUCACAAACCUCAUUUUUCAUCAAAAUUCCCCGAUUUUGCAGCUCGAAAUGCGCGAACUCCAACAAAAACGACAAUUAGUCUCAACAAGUCCCGCAAAAGCGGAUUUGGCCCAAGAAAAGAGCACGCCAUCCGAAGAUGGACAAAGUUUGGAACGAGUUGGAUCCGAUUUUAUGUUGGUGAAUCAUGAUCCCGAAAUGCCGAGUUUUGGGUGAGUUUCUAAGCUGGAAACUGUGUGGCCUAGAAAACCGGAUGUUUGGUUUUCUAGGCCACCUGGAUAAUUUUAGUUUUAAAAAAUCGGAUUUGAAGCCUAAAAUUUAAAUUUUUAACCUAAACUUCAAUAAAAUCACUGAAAUCCUGUAAUAAAAACUUUUCAGUGAUUUUCAGCCUCGAAACCAUCAGAACUUCAAUUUUAGGGUAAAAAUUUGAAUUUUAGACUUCGAAUCCGAUCAAAAAUUAGCCGGUGGCCUAGAAAACCUCACUAAAAACUUUUCUAGGCCACGUGGUCUCAAAAUUCACGGUCCAAUUUCUAUUAUUUUCUAGGGCUCGCUAUUGGGAUGCUCACGAUAUGCCGUGUCACAUUUGCCGCAAAGAGCUCAAAAAACGCUCAUUAUAUCUGGAAGACGGUGAACAUCAUUGCCGAAAUUGCGGGCAUAUUGUGUGCGAAUCGUGCUCCAAACACACUUUUCAUAUUGCCGAAGAUGGAAGAGGGAAACAGAAAAGAGCGUGUGAUAAAUGCUAUAAGAUUAUGCAGAAUAUUGGAUUGGCUAGGUAAAUAUUCGGCGGGUUUUGCCAUGAAAAUUGGCCGAGUUACGUGAAAUUUGCAGAUUUUAACCGCAAAUUUCAAAUUUUGGCUCAAAAAAUGAGCCCUAUAUCAAAAUCAGGCUAAAAUUUUCACAAAAAUCCACGUGUCUUGGGUCAAAUUUGGUGUGAAAACUCGAAUUUUCGGCUCAAAAUUGAUUGAAAAUAGGAAGAACCUUAGAAAUACGGUGAAUUUUCUACUUUAAUGCGAAAAUUCACUGUAUUCUGAGAUUCUCAUCAACUUUGAGCCGAAAAUUCGAGGUUUCACACCAAAUUUGAUCCGGGACACGUGGAUUUUUGUCAAAAUUUCGGUUUUUCGAAGUUUCAAUAGGUUUUUGAGCCCAAAUUUGAACUUAGCGGUUGAAAUCUGCAAAUUUCACGUAACUCGACUCAUUUUUAGACGAAUUUUGAGCUAAAAUUUGAAUUUUGGGACGAAUUUCAGUGAUGCCACGUGGAAUUUUGACUGAUCAUUAAUUUUCAUAUCCAGAAAAAAAAUGAAAAUUGAUGAUCAGUCAAAAUUCCACGUGGCAUCACUGAAAUUCGUCCCAAAAUUCAAAUUUUACCGAUAAUAAUCCCAAAAUUAGCUAUACUUUCACCUAUGACGUGGAUCUUUAUUCCAGAUCUCACUCGCUUUCGGAUGUCGAACUAUCAACAUCUCCAAUAUUAUCCGAAACAGCUUCAUCACCAUCUUCAUCAUCUCCACCUCUACUCCCACAAUCAUUCUCCUCCUCAAACUCCCAAAAUGCCCCCUCUACAUCACCCUCCUCAUUUUCGCUGAAUAUGAUGUAUCCAACACAACAUUCACCCUCAAAUUCAUCAUUUCAUCAAUUCUCACCGGCUUCUUGUAAACAAUCACAAUCGACACAAUCAAUCGAUCAAACGACUAGUAAUUCGCCUGGAUCUAGCCAGGCUGUUAAAGGCUAG